AAUUUCAGAUUUAUUUGCAUUUUUGAAACAAUUAUUACUAUUUUGACUGGCACCAAUCAAAUAAAUAUUUUUCCGUCUUCUACUAGUAUAAAUAUAUGUUGUUUGACUUCAGAUUUAUUUGCAUUUUGUAACAAAUAUUAGCUCCAGCAUCAUGUCAUACCUGAAAUUGUUGCAGCAUCUGAGGGCUACAUUACAAAUUUUGGUUGCAAUUUCACUACUUUCGAGCUAUGCAAAAAUUGAAGCAAGACAAAGCCUAUCUGAGGUUGAAGAUUUAGAAUUGGAGAGGCAAUUAAAGCUGAUAAAUAAGCCAGCUAUCAAGACCAUUAAGGGAAAAUAUGGAGAAAUAUACGACUGUGUGGACUUUUACAAACAACCUGCAUUCGACCAUCCCUUAUUGAAGAAUCACAAUUUUCAUCCCGAGAUGAAACCUACCUUGCCCAAUUUACUUGUAGAUGACACUUCUUCGAACAUUCAUAGACCUUAUAACAUAGAGUUGGAAGGCGGAGGUUGUCCUACUGGAACAGUUCCUAUUAGAAGAAUUACUAAAGACGAUCUAAUACAGCAAGGAUUUUUAUCACAAAUUAGAGGUGCACUCCCUGAUGGUGAUGAUAUAAAGUUCAGUAUUUCUGAUAGAACUAACUCUACGCCUUUUAUAGGAGGCCUCAGGUUUGCAACAGUGCAAGUUCCAGACAAUCAAACAAACAAAAUUGCAGGAGCAGGGGCAAUACUUAGCUUGCAUAAUCCUCAAAAUAUUAGUGGGUAUCAAUUUAGUGGAGUCCUUAUUAAGCUUCAAAAUGGAAUUGACAGCGUACAAGCUGGAUGGAUGGUGAAUCCACGUGUCUAUGGUGACAAUCACACACGGUUAUACAUAUAUUUUCAGGCAGGAAAGUUAGCCUGUUUUAAUACUCGAUGUCCUGGUUUUAUACAAAUAAACACUGCUGUAUCUUUAGAUGCGCAGCUUGGUUUCUCUACUUAUGGUGGACCUAUUUAUGAAGAAACAAUGCAUAUUGCUCGUGAUUUGUCAAAUGGAAAUUGGCGGUUUUUAAUACAAUCAAGAAAAUUAGCAGUUGGAUUUUGGCCGGCAAAGAUAUUUACAAAGUUAAAUGGAUUUGCAACGAGUGCUGAAUUUGGAGGAUUUGCACAUAGUCCUCGAGGUGUUCCAGAACCACCCAUGGGCAGUAGCCAUUUUCCAGUUGGAAACCUGAAACAAGAUGCAUAUUGUAGGAAUAGUACAUAUUUAAAUGAUAAUAAUCAAACCAAAUCUGUGCAUGACUUUAAACUAAAGUUACAUGCAGAUAGUCCAACUUUGUAUAGAUCAUAUGAUAAUACAGAGCCUAAAUUUGAUGCGUUACUGACAUAUGGAGGACCAGCUUAUAAGAAAUUGAUGCUGCACCUAAGAGCUAUAUUACAAAUUCUGGUUGCAAUUUUUAUCUUGAGCUAUGCCAAAAUUGAAGCAAAACGAAGCCUAUCUGAGGUAGAAGAUUUAGAAUUGGAGAGGCAAUUGAAUCUUCUAAAUAAGCCAGCUAUCAAGACCAUUAAGAUGAAACCUACCUUGCCCAAUUUACAAGGAGAUGAUACUCCUUCAAACAUUAAUAGACCUUUUAACAUAGAGUUAGAAGGCGGAGGUUGUCCUACUGGAACAGUUCUGAUUAGAAGAAUUACUAAAGACGAUCUAAUACGACAAAUACAUUUAUCACAAGAUAUAAAGUUCAGUAUUUCAUAUGGAACCAAGUCUACGGUUUAUCAAGGAGGCCUCCAGUUUGCAACAGUGCAAAUCCCAGACAAUCCAGUAAACAAAUUGGCAGGAGCCGGGGCAAUUCUUAGCCUGCAUAAUCCUCAAAUUUCCGGAGGGUUUAUUAAGGUUCAAAAUGGGAUUGACAACAUACAAGUUAGAUGGAUAGUGAAUCCAGAUCUCUAUGGAGACAAUCGUACACGAUCCUACACAUAUUUAAAGACAGGAAAAUCAGCCUGUUUUAAUACUAGAUGUCCUGGUUUUGUACAUGUAAACUCAGCAAUACCUUUAGAUGGAGAACUACUUAGCUCUACUUAUGGUGGACCUAUUUAUGAUAUACCAAUGUAUAUUGCUCGUGAUAAGUCCAAUGGAAAUUGGUGGUUUAGAAUCGGAUCAAACUAUACAGCAAUAGGAUUUUGGCCAGCAACGAUAUUUACAAAGUUAAAUGGAUUUGCAACAAGUGUUGAAUAUGGAGGAGUUGCACAUUAUGCUCGAGGUGAUCCAGAUGCACCUUCCAUGGGUGGUGGCUAUUUUCCAGUUGGAGACCUGAAAAAAGAUGGAUAUUGUAGGAACAGUAUCUACAUAAAUGAUAAAAAUCAAAUGAAAUCUUUAGAUGAUAUUCCAGUGAAAUUAUAUAAUAGUCCAUGGUAUAGAGUGACUGAUUAUCCAAAAUAUGGGGCAGGAUAUGGGAAUAUAGUCCUAUAUGGAGGACCCUUACAUGGAAAUAUAGUUGACAGUCAAUAA